UUGCGAUUAUCGAUAGUUGCUAAAGAUGAGUGACUAUGUGAGACAACUGUAUUGGUUUUAGGUUAUAGUUUUUUAUUCCGAAGUUUAUGAGUAAAAAUAGUGAUAUUAAUUUAUGGCGUUAUUAUUUUAAUCAUAUUAGUGAUAAUAUAAUAAUAAAGUGAUCAUUUAUUUCAUUUAUUAAUUUAUCAUAAAAGCUCAGGUAUGUCGACGAAUGAAAAUAGUGUAAAUACCAAAACAUAUUUAGAUGGAAAGAAUAAGGAAAAACUAUUUUGCAAUUUCUGCUCAUCCAAGAUACUUAAUGCAGAAACUGCUACUUUUAUUACAAUGGAGUUUGCACUACCACACAUACAUUCUAAAGGAGAAGGCGAAGGCAUUCAACAAGAAACGAUCACAGAGUACUGGUAUAUCGAAGAUAUGUUUGCGUUUGAAAAUAUUGGAGUAUCUCAUACAGUAGGAAAUAUAAAAUACUUAGCGUGUGCAGAUUGCGAAAGAGGUCCAGUUGGUUGGCAUGAUUUAGCUACAAAGAAAUCUUACAUCGCCUUGUCUAGAGUUAAGCACGUUAAGUUUUAAAUCUGACUUUUAUAAUUUUGUAAACAAGAUAAAAAAAAGUAUUUGUUGGCCUAUAAAAAACGUGAAAACUUGUAAAAGAAUGUUUUACCAAAGAUAAGGAUGAUCAAUUAUCUAAAGUAAUUAAAAGUGUCCGCCUUGGAAAGGGAAAAGAAUAUAAAUAUGUAUAUGUACGUACACACAACACACAACAAACACACACAUACAACAAUAUAUAUAUAUAUAUAUAUAUAUAUAUAUGUAUACAAAUUUCUGUAGGUACAUUUAAUACUAUUACUGUCUUUAUAUGCGAAUUUAAGUAAAACGAAUAAGAGCUAUAAGAUUGUACAAAGUAAAAAGUCCAACAUUACAUGUUUCUUUUAUAUGUCAAUUUUCAAAAUACAAGUGCAAGGAAAAAGGUAUACAUACCUUACAUCUGAACGAAUGGUUUAAUAUCAAAGGAUAUAUAUCUAUAUAUAUAUAUAUACAUAACAUAUAUGUAAUGUAUUUUUGACAAGAAGAAGGAUGGAUGCUUAGACAUGGAUUGGUCUAGGCAUAAAACACGUCGCUAGUUUAAUCGACAUUUUAAUAUUUAAUCACGUUACAAACACAGCCGAUAAAUCAGAUAAUUAAUCGUUACGAUCAUAAUACGUUUACAGUGAUCAAUAAACCCGCUUACGAUUAAAAAUCACUUGUCAAUGUUUAUAUAAUACGUAUGCAUCCGUUCGAAUCAGUAUAAUCUUUAACAUUAAUCGUGAUUUAUGUAGUGUCUCCCCAUUUUCAUGCGUGUCAUCGUUUCUUUUUCGUGUAACUUUUUUUCUCUCUGUUUAAUUCUGUUUUUUUCUUUUCUUUUUUUUUUUCGUUUAUGUUUAUGAUUAUUACGCGUGUGCGUUGUCCUACGCGCGCAUCGCAUAUACGCGGGAGGAGAAAACUAAUCUUUAAGAAUCAUUUAUUUUUCUUUUUUUUCUUUCUUUCUAAUUUGCCUUAAAUAUUGCAAAAAUAAUCGUGCGUUCUUUCACGCUGUUAUCGGCUUUUAAACAUCACAGCUUUAUCUAACGUAGAUUGUUACGAAGUAAUAUACUCGUUUCUUUUUCAUUACGCGUAUCCCUUUUAACAAUGCAAGUGUUUAAAUAUACGUGCUAUAUAAGUGCUCAUUAGUUAUAAUUCAUAAUGUUAAUUUGCGACGACGGCUUUGUGUGUGUGUAUGUAUAUAUGUAUGUAUGUAUGUAUGUGUAUGUGUAUGUGUAUGAUGUGUUUGUUUGUAUGCAAUAUUUGGUGUGUAUAUGCGCACACGUGUCUCUAAUCGCCGUAUAAUUUUGUAGGCAAUACAAUGAUAAUAACAAUAAUGAAUAAUAAUAAAAAGAAUAAUUGUAUUACAAAAUAAUAAUGUCUUUGUUAUAAUUAGAAGAGUACCGAAAACGAAAAAUAAUAACAAUAACUAACAAUAAGAGUAGUAAGAACAAUUUAUAAAUUUAAU